CUUGCGACUUCUCUGAUUAAGAUGGAAGUAUCAUCUACGGUUAAACUUCUAGAAUGGAACGAAAAACUUCUAUCCUUGCUGGGUCUUUGGCCACUCAGUCAUAACGACACGCGGUUUACCCUCGGUCUAAUUUGUUUACUGAUUCAUGUGACUUUAGAAUACGUAGACCUUUACAAACUCGGCAAAAAUUUUGAACACGUCGUGGCGAAUCUAUCCGAAAAUAUAACGUACACGACGAUCCUGGUUCAAGUGAUUCUUCUACGUGUUAACAGCCGGCAACUGGGACAAGUAAUCCGGGCGGUUAACGAAGAUUUUGUCGAGAUAAAUUAUAAAACAACUCUGGAAAAAAAAGUCCUUCUAGACAACUAUAAGAAGAUCCGGGUAUUCGUUGCAGUAGCAGUAACGUUGACACUCUCUACGGCAGUUACUUAUUACCUGGCACCUCUCGUUGGUCUGCUAGGAACCAUGAAAGGAAAUUCAACAAUGGAGUUAAAAUUGCCAUACCACACGUAUAUAUUCUAUGACGUGUCAAACAUUGAAUCUUACUCACUGACAUACGCCGCUCAACUUCCGUUCGUAUUUAUCGCGUCUUUCGGAUACAUUGGCCCCAAUACUCUUAUUAUCACUUUGACAGUCCACGUGUGUGGACAACUGUCCGUCCUUGCGAAACGAAUCAACGAUAUAAAUACCGAUGGUCAAGAGUGUGGUCUGGCCAUAAAAACGUUUGUCAAAAAACACGUGCGACUGAUACGAAUAACACAGACUCUGGAGGAGGUGUACAAUGUUAUUUUAUUGGGUCAACUUCUUGGAGGAAUGAUUCUCAUAUGUAUCCUGUCCUACUACGUUUUAGCGCACGCUGAGGGAGAACAAAAUCCAAAUUUCUUCAGUGUUACCUUGUACAGCCUAAGUGUGAUACUCAACAUCUUCGUUUAUUGCUUCGUAGGUGAACGUCUUGUCCAAGAGAGUACUAAAGUACAUGACGCGUUAAGCGCAUGUCGAUGGUACGACAUGUCAUCGGUUCACGCCAAAAUGCUAAUCAUAUGCAUGGCCAGGUCUCAGAAGCCGCUCGUACUGACGGCUGGAAAAUUCUACAUAUUUUCUAUGGGCAGUUUUGCAAAUGUAAUGAAAACCUCGAUGACGUACCUGUCGGUGUUGAGAAGUCUCCUUUGAUGCAACUAAUCCGAAAUGGUCUCAAUUUCGAAAUCGUCAUGAGAUACAUGAAUUAAUGUAGGUAAUGAUGUACAGGAACGAGUACAAUUAUAGAUUCAAAAAUUUGUUAGGAAUAUUGAAAGUACGAAAAGCAGCAUACACUGAACGAUUUUUCAAUGUUGUCCUGAUUAGCACAAGAUACGUGCAUUAAUUCUUGUAGCAUAUUUUCCCCAAAUAUUGAUCACUGAUGAAUU